AUGUCUUCGGAUGGACUCAAUCGACGUGAAAGAGUUGUCAAUAGGAAUGGCGACACAAAUGAGGAGAACAUGUGUCGAAUGGUGUCUCGAGAAGUGUCGCUCGAAAGACCACAAAACCAGAGUAUUAUGAAGCGAGUGAUGAGUGUAAUGGCGCUCUCGAUUGCUAUACUUUUGAUGAUUUACUACACGACCACUCAAUGCAAUGACACCAAAGAACUAGUGAUGGCUUCGGCCACUCAAUCCAUAAAAGAUUCGCCGAUCAGACGGCAAGUGAUGUGUUCUCAAGACUAUAACGAAGACAGAGUUCGGUUCCCGUCUUGUGCUCCUCAAAGAUGCGGACGUUUUGUGUCCGAUUCGGUGAUCACUGAAUCGGAAACCAAACACUUGUUGUUAGUGGCGAAGAGAGGCCUAUCAUUGGGCGGCUCUUCAGGCGGCAGCACUAUCCUUUGCUUACAUACGGGCGUCCUUUCGAUGGCAAAUAAUUUCGUGAAUAUCUAUAAACUCAUUGAAAGGACACAACGAAAGGAAAAGGAUCUAAAAGAGCUGUUCACCGAAAAAGACUUACAAGUCUACCGAACUGUGACCAACAAAAUCCGCAAACGGAUUGCAAUUCAUUUCGGCAUCCCUUCGGCUCAGCUCUACUUAACGGCUCAUACUUUCUUUCGAAGAGCAAAGAACCCCCAAAACAAAUACAACGAGUAUUGGCGCCGACACGUCGACAAACAAAACGUUAAGUUCGUUGACUUCACUUCUUUGCUGUAUUUGUCGACAUAUGGCGCGGACUUCUCCGGCGGACGCUUUAUAUUCACCGACGAGAUGUCGAACCAAACAAUUGAGCCUAAGUUCGGAAGAGUCGCGGCGUUCACCUCUGGCUCAGAGAACGAGCACUUCUUCGAAAGGGUCACCUCUGGGACUCGAUAUGCUUUGCUUAUGACCUUCACCUGUGACCCUAAGUUCGCUGUCAAUGGCCUUCAGGUUGACAUGCCAAAGGUAUGGCAUGGAUUCGCAGCAAUGGUUUGGCGCAUAUGGACCUCCAAUCCGUUUGACGGAAACUCCGUAUAG